CUUUGCACCAUUUUUGGAGUUUUGUUUGUCAACAUUGAACUCAUAAAACAGGUUUGUUUGAUUUCUUGUAAAUCCAGAUCUCGACCUGAUUUCAGAAGAAACGUUUCAAGAGAUGGGCAGCCAAAGAAAGAGUGUAGGCCUUCAUUUGGUGGGGUCGUCUGUCCUGUACUUGCUGCUUGCUGUUUUUCUGCAAGAUGCCAUCAUUCCAAGCAAGUUCCCGGUCGGCGUUUGGGCCUCCGGAGACCACUGGAACGAAUGGGAACCUUGGGACUCGUGUGAUAAGACCUGCGGCGGCGGUUCUCGCGUCCGUUGGCGCGAAUGCGUGCAGGCGAGUGGCGAGGGACUCGGCACGGACUGUGGAGCGGGCGACUUCAUGGAAGUGGACGAAACCUGUGGAAGUUCACCAUGCGCUGGAGGAGGAGGAGGAGGAGGCGGAGGCGGUUAUUCAAACGCUGGGCCGCCCCCACCACCCCCACCCCCACCAAGACAACCCCCACCCCCACCAAGACAAGGACAACCACCUCCACCUCCACCACCCCCACGAUACGAUCAGCCAGCACCGCCACCACCACCGGUCUACGAGGAUAACAUGAUCGACAACGCCGGGUACGGGAACGGACCAGGUGGCAAUAUAGGUGGCGGUGGCUACGGCAACUCGCCUCGGCUUGGAGAGCUGGACACUGACUUUGAUAACGACUUCCCCUUACAAGAUACACGUAGUUUGGGUGGGGGCGGCGCAAGUGGGGUUUUACCUCAGAGACUCAUUGUAUUUUGCCACCUCGUGAUUUCGCUGUUUCUCUUGAGUUUAUAAAACACUGAUUCAAAUGCGUCGAUAAUCAUUUCGUAUCAUCACGAAACAGG